AUGCAUAGAAUUAAAGCUGAAAACAAUUCCGGAUUGGAAUGGAAUAAAACGUACACGUAUGGUUCAACACAUAAAUGUGAGAAGCCUUCUUACCGUUUAAACUUAUUAAGCAAAAGUUUAGAUACCGAAAAUAUAAAAAUGAAACAUGAGUCAAGAAAUUCACCUCAUUGCAAUAAACAUAGUCGAAAUUGCAUAAAAUCUAAGCAAACAAAUAGUAGCCGUUCAAUAAUGAACAAUCAAAGUAGUGCAUCAAAUCCAUAUAAAACAUCAUUGAAUGAUAGUUCAAAUUACGAUUGGACAUUGUCAAAUGAUGAAUUGUCAAUGGAUCAAAUUGAUGUACCAAUUUACGAUAAUACACCUAAAAUUUCACGUUAUCAAUAUGAUCGACCAUAUAGCUACAGGGAUAGCCGAAACGAUUAUCUUCCUUAUGUUAGAUCUACUAAUCGAAACUCUAUAAAAGAUAAAAAUAUUCGUAAUGAUGGACGACAUCAUACCAACGGGGAACAAGGAUCUUGUCAUAAACAACCAAAUGUGUCAUCACAUUUAAACCGAUCACGAAAUGAAGGAUAUAGAAAUAAUAGUAACAAAAGUAACAUUACAAGUGAACAUCAGAAUACAAGACCUAGAAGGAAUUCUACAUCCAAUAAUUAUUCCAAUAAAGUAUGUACAAACUGUAAUGCUAAAAGACAGAAACCACAGUGUGAAAAUAAAAAUAAUAAUUCAUGUCCAACUUACAUAGAGCCUAAAAAAAAUAAAACAAGAAUGCAAGAAUGCAAUAAUAAACCUAAUAGAAAUAUGAAUAAUUUAGCAAUGCCAAAAUUGAAUUGCAAAAGAAACGAUUCAAGGUUCAUUUCUAGAUACUGUGAUAACUCAAAUAAUUGGGAUAUAGAUGUCGAUAAUUAUUCUAAGUUUUUAAAGAAUUUUACAUCACAAGACCAAUCAAUACCACGUAGAUCGUCGUUAAAAAAUACACCUAACUUUCAUUAUCAAAGUUCAUCAACAGAACUAUACGAAAGCGACAAUUCAAGUGACUGGUCUAAUGAAAUCCCCAUGGAUCAUUUACCUGCUGCGUCGUUCAACUCUUAUAAUAGCUCCAAUUCUCCUUCAACGUUGACAGCUUUAGGUUCAAGAUAUAAUCCAAUUCCACGACAAUCUACUCUCAAUGAUGACCGGCUAAUAACUUCUAGUCAAAAUUACCAAGAUAUAGAAAAAUUUAAUUUACCAUAUUUGAAUACUAAUGAGUAUUCAAGAAACAGCAUUGGAAAUUACGAUUUGACGAACAAAGAAAUUCCACAACAAUCUGCUCUCAACGACGACUGGCCAACAACUUCUGAUCAAAAUUAUCAAGACAUAGACGAAUUUAAUUUACCGUAUAUAAGUAUUGAUAAUUAUUCAAGAAACCACAUUGAAAAUACUGGUAGUCCUCAUGCAAUCUACCAACAGCAACAAUUACGAGAUUGGUCGUUCCGUGAAUCAGAUAUAGAGAAUACAAGUAUGUCAGAACUCAGUUAUGACACUACAUUUUCGAAUACUAGUGAAUCAAUGGAUAAUGUUUGUUAUGAUCAUGUAAGAAGUAACUAUCGAAGCAAUUUAAAAAACUGA